GGCAUACAAAGCAAUACAUGUCACUUCUGUUUAUAAAAUAGAAUUUAUUUAAUUUAAAUAGUUUAAAAGUUCUUUUUGGCGGAAAUUAUAUAGAAUACUAGUAUUUACAUUGUAUAUUGUAUGGGGAAAUAUUUUCCAUGACAAAAAGGUAAAAUAUUAGCACUGACCUGCCUGUCGACCUUUGCACCAAGAAACUGCACUGUCACUUGUCACUUUUUACAAACAAACAUCAGAAUCAGCUGAUCAUGGAUGGGCUAAAUGGCAUCAAGGAGGCUCAGAAGGAGCUGGAGUCUACAUUUUCAAAGCGGUUUAUGGAGCUGGAGGCGGCAUUGAAGACAGCAUCGCCGCUUACACAUCCCACAAUUGCUAGUCUGUCCAAAGAAGUGAGCACUUUCAAGACACAGAUGUCAUCCAUGCUGCAACUUCUGAAGAAGCAAAUUGAAGAAAUCAGCAGUACAGUUGACUCUAUAGAAAUGCGGCAUCGGAAGAAAUUUUUACUUUUUAAUGGCAUUCCGGAGGUGGCCGGCGAGGAUAUUGUUAGCAAGGUAACCAAUGUAUGCCAAAAUAAUCUCUCCCUGCAGUCUGUGUCUCAAGAAUCCAUCUUGGUUUGUUAUAGGCUCGGUAUUCAACCAGCCUCGGCAAGCAGUAGCCACUCAAGGCCAGUUCUUGUCCGAUUUAACGACCACAGAAUGCGUAGCUCUGUCUGGACGAACAAAAAAGCUCUGAAGGGCACAUCAAUUGUCAUCACGGAGUUCCUCACGAAGCAGCGUCAGUCAUUAUUCAUAGAUGCAAGGAAGCAUUUCGGCACUCGUAUGGUGUGGACAACAGAUGGCAACAUCUUUAUAAAAUUGCCUGAUGGUAAGAAGCUGCGGCUGUCUAGUGAGAAUCAACUUGAGGCAUUGAAGUCCCAGCACGACCCCGUAGUCUUGCCAAGACCAGCGCAGUCCAAGGCUUCGAAGGCCGCAUCAACUGCCGCGUCUGCGGGCUCUGCCGAUGCUCAGGUGCCGUCCGCGGGACCUGCGCCUGCGCCGCAGGCUACGGAAACUGUGCCGACCACCGUUUCAACCAAGAAGAGGAGAUAA